AUCUAUAUACCCAGAGAGGAGGUGAGCCAGAGAGGGAACAUUUCUGGUCUAGUUAUAUAGAAAAAACACAAGAAAAAAAAAAACAUUUUAGAAACAAUGGAAGUUAUAAGUUAGCAAUGUGUAUGUAGAUAUGCAACGAGUUGAGAGCUUUGGAAAAUGGAAUUUUGUCGACAGGAAGAGGAAACAUACGAGGUUACGCGAUUACUCUGAGCUGCGUAUUCACAUUUAGGUGGAAAAGGACAAUUGUAAAAUACCGAAAAGGAUCAGACGUGGCUGUGGAUGGAGGGUUCUGGGAGUCCUCGCGUCAGAAAGCUUCAUUUUCCUGUGGGUUUGUGGAUCAACUCGCCCAGAAAACAUUUUGCCAAACUAGGACGUCGUUGGCCCAGCGCUGUCUCUGUCAAGUCUAACACUAGUUCUGACGCGGCCUCCAUUCACGAGGCCCCCUCCGCACCUUCCUCUUCCCUUUCUAACUCCAUCCCCUCGCUGGCUUCUCCCAGCCCGUCCCCAUCUCCUUCCCCGGCCUUCCUCAGGCCACGGCCUGCGGGGUCCCAGUCUCGCACAAAGCGUCUCUCCCACCUUUUCCUGCGAGGGCGCUCCAACAGCGACCGGGACCGGGCAGUGGGGGAGAGGGAGCGAGAGAUUUGGGCCCAUUCAGCUGCCCCCUCUUCCCACCAUUACCUGCCUCCUGCAUCAUCCUCUGCACCCGGCUUGAUCAAGAUCUAUGGGGACGCUCUUUCCAGCGGGGCCAACUAUCGCUCCCUACUGGCCAACAUUCACUCUACAGCCAGGCAGCUCAUCUCCCAGGUCAUCACUCGUUACACUGAGAGAGAAAGGGAAGAGACAGAUGAUGCUGUUCUCCAGAAACACACCCCGGAGGACUUCCUGUUAUGUGAUGUCAUUGGAAAGCCCAUCCAGCAGCCAGAUGGAGCUAUCAAAUGGGAGGCGGAGUGUCGGAGGAGUGUGGCCCCAUGGGAAUGUCCACUGUUGUUAGUGGACAUGUGGCGUCCAAAGGAAGGAUUUGAACGUCGCUUUGAAAUGCAAAGAAAGGAUGACUAUGAGAGGGAAGAGAGACAGCGGGAAAUGGAGAGAGAGAGGGACAGUGAGAAGUAUCCAGGUGUGCGCUGGAGGCGGAGCAGAAUGUCAUCAGGGGGCGGAGCAGAGGAGAGCGAGCGCGGCCACCGGGGAAGGAACACGGAGCUCAGGAGGAGCAUCAGUGACAUGAACCUGAGUCUGAGGCGUCGCCAAGGAAACCACAUCAGCAGUGAUGCAUGUGACUCCGCCGACCAUCCCGGUGACAGCAGAGGAGGGCAGGACAGGAAGAAUAUCGUGAGCAUGAUCACUCCACAGCCAGGAGAGAUUAGGCGGUCAAAGGUCGGAUGGACAAACCAGCCACCGGAGGACAAGAAGGAUUACUCCAGCUGUGACUUGGAAGUGAUGUCACAGAGUUUGAUCCUUCCUCCCACAGACCGGCCCUACUUUCUGUUGCUGCAGGGUUACGAUCAGAGCAAGGAUUUUGUUUUGUACAUCAUGGCGGGACACACACAUGUUUUUGGGAGAAAGGCCACGACGAAGGAGCGAGAAAAGGAUAAAGAGAGAGAGAGGAAUGGGAAGAGGCCCCUGAAAGUUGACACGUUCCUCUCUGCUCCUGACCUCUUAGUCAGACACUUGUUGGUCAGGAGAGACUCUGCUGUUCCAGCGACGCCUUCUGGACAAGCCCUGAUGCGGCCUUUCAGAGGAGGAGCAGUCACACACAACGGGGUGACCCUUUACAGGGAGACGGUCCUAAAGCCCGGGGAUGUGAUUGGACUGGGGAGCCACUUCCUCUUCCUGUACCGUGACCCCCGUGUGAUUCCAGCUCCGCCGCUGGCACUGACCCUGCCCUGGCAGGCUGAUGACACCAUCACCUGCUGCCCCUCAGGGUUGGCAGACAGACAGGAAGCACUCAGGCAGCAUCUGGCAUCAAGUGAUUCUGUUUUAAAGUUUCAUCCCCGUCACGCAGACCCCCUGCUACAGGAGAUAAUCUCCAAAAAUUCCUCUCCAGACUCCGGGGGCGGGCCUUUAGCUCCUGCUUAUCUUCUAUCAAUCAUGAUAGAUCAUGCAUCCAAACACCUCGACCCUGCUCUCACACCACAGAUAUUACUCAAGGCAGCCAAUCUGAUUAAAGAAAUUGUCUGGGAUAACAUUAAGGAAUUUGGGGAUAAGCAUCCCACACAAAAUUCCACAGAACAAGAAGGUGAGAUUAGUGCACCCAAUGUCCAGAAACUGUCAUGUGACCUUCGACCCCUGAUGUUCUGGAUGUCAAAUGCCACGGAGCUUCUGAACUUCUUUCAGGUCAAAGUUGAAGCCAUGGAAAAGGAGUGGGAGUUUGAAGCUCCCGGUCACCCAGUUUUGACAGCUGAUAUGGACACAUGCUCAGAGGCGCUGGCACAGCUGGACGAUGUCAUCAUGCACACCUUCCAGCAGUGUGUGUAUCAUCUCACAAAGACCCUGUACUCCCUUCUGCCGGCCCUCCUGGACACUAACCCAUUCUCCAGUGAGGAGAAGGAAAAGGAUGGCACACACACUCCCAAAGAAGAGAAAGGAAGAGGAGAGCGAGAGGUGGACGAUGUGUCUACCUUACCCCCCAAAGUUGCGGGGCUGGUGGAUGUGUACCGUUGUUCCCUGAUGCUGUCACAGGAGGCGUGUCUAUCCCCACCACUCACCUCUCAAACCUUUGGCUAUCUCUUCUUCUUCACCAACACCUCCCUGCUCAACACCCUAUUGGAGAGAGAUGAACUGUUUUCUUGGUCCAGAGCAGUCCAGAUCCGUACAAACUUGGACCUAGUUCUGGACUGGCUACAAGGUGCAGGAUUAGGAGACAUUGCCUCAGAGUUUAUGAAGAAACUUUCAGUCACUGUCAACUUUCUGUGUAUUCCCAAAACACGACUCAUUCAGUCUUCCUGGGCCAGUCUACAGGAGGACCAUGUCCUGUUAAGCCCAGCACAGUUACACCACCUGCUCACGCAUUACAAACUGGGACCAUCCAGAGCAACACCGACAUCCUGGGCACCACCACCAGGCACAGAACUGAGUGGAGACAUUUUUGAGAGCUUUCUGGAUCAUCCUCCUCUUAUCCUGCCUAAUGAGACUCCUCGCCUCAACCUCUCCCAGCCAAUUCCAAGCCCUGAGCUCCAAAAAGAAGUCACACGUCUCCGUACGUUCUUGUGGGGGCUUGACCAGGAUGAACUCCCUGCUAAUCAGAGGACUCGGCUUUGAGGAACCCUGAACUCAUUUGGAUGUCGUGUAGAAGUCAGAACAUAUCGCUC